GCGCCGCCGCCUAUUCCUCCUCAGCCUGAUCUGUGCUGUCUCACCCGGGAGCCGGCGGUGAGAAAAAAUUGCAGGCAGGCUGGGCCGAAGCUGAGUCUCGACCUGUCCCGCCGCCCACUAUGGAGUACCUUAUCGGCAUCCAAGGGCCCGACUACAUUUUGGUGGCCUCCGACCGCGUGGCCGCCAGCAACAUAGUCCAGAUGAAGGAUGAUCAUGACAAGAUGUUUAAGAUGAGUGAGAAGAUCCUACUUCUUUGUGUAGGAGAGGCUGGAGACACCGUGCAGUUUGCUGAAUACAUUCAGAAAAAUGUACAGCUCUACAAGAUGCGCAAUGGGUAUGAAUUGUCCCCUACAGCAGCAGCUAACUUCACACGUCGAAAUCUGGCUGACUACCUCCGGAGUCGGACCCCAUACCAUGUCAACCUCCUAUUAGCCGGCUAUGAUGAGCAUGAAGGCCCUGCACUGUACUACAUGGAUUACCUGGCAGCAUUGGCCAAAGCUCCAUUUGCAGCCCACGGUUAUGGUGCCUUUUUGACCCUCAGCAUCCUAGAUCGUUAUUACAAACCAAGUAUCACACGUGAGGAGGCAGUAGAACUCCUGAAGAAAUGUCUGGAAGAGCUCCAGAAGCGCUUUAUCCUGAACUUGCCUUCCUUCAGCGUCCGAAUCAUUGACAAAGAUGGAAUCCAUGACCUGGACACUAUCGUCCCUUCAAAGAAGUCCUAGCCACCCCCCACCCCAAAACAUCCCACCUGCCAAGUUACCUUUUCGUGACUGGCUCUUUCAAUAUUGUUUUCUACUCUUCUGAAACUCAAUUCUCAGAGAAUUAGAUAAUUCCAAUAAAGCUGGAUAUUGACAAA